GCGCCAUUUUGGCUCAAACAAAGUAAGAAACAUUUUAUCUUAGAUAAACUAUUUUAAACUGUAUCCAUUAAAUUCUAUGUAAACAUAUGUAGGACAGCACUCCGGUUUCCACUAGUGAACAUUUGCUGCGAAUGUAACUUUUCCCGUCUUUAAAUCGCGUUAGCAGUUAGCUAAAAGUAAUGAUUAAAAUCCCCAGCUGAGCUCCAUUGCCAGCCAAGCUAACUUAACGUCUGCUAAAUUUAGCUCUGCUGUAUGUUUUAACUGCUGCAAUGGGUGGCUGCUCCGCUCCAAACUGCUCCAAUUCAACCAGCAUAGGCAAACAGCUGUUUAGAUUCCCCAAAGACCCUGUCCGUAAGAAGAAGUGGGUGGUGAACUGCCGUCGUGACUUUGAACCAACUCCUCACUCCAGACUCUGUCAGGAUCAUUUUGAGCAGAGCCAGUUUGAGGAGAUAGCCAGGUCUCCAGCCGGGGGAAAGAAGCUGAAGCCCAAUGCCAUCCCGACUCUGUUCAGUGUUGGAGACCCUCCUUACCCUGCAGUCACUACUCCCUACAUCCUGCUGCCCCUGAAACCUGAUCCAGUGGAGAAAGAGAUGAAUUUUGGUGACCAUGGUUAUGCCAGACGCACCCCUCUGCCUGGGAUGGAGGAGGAUGAUGCAGACAGGACAGGCGAGGACCAGCAGCCCUGCACACAGUGUCAACUCCUCAAGAAACAGUUGGAGCAGGAGAUGCAGCACACUGCAAGGCUACAGAAGGAGGCAGAGGAGAUGAAGAAACGUCUUUAUCGUCUGGACCGGAUCGAGAAGGGCCUCCAGAACUUCCUGUACGAAGAUCAGAUUCGCGCCCUGUCCCUCACCAAGCGCUCCCGCCGGGCUGUCUGGUCUCCAGAGACCAUCCUGAAGGCCCGAAAGAUCCGCUGUGCAGUUGGUACCAAAGGAUACGAGUACUUGAGAGAGCUGGGAUAUCCGUUACCUUCAUAUAGAACUCUGUGUAAUCGCCUGGAGACUAAGAUCAUGGUGACGACUGACAUGAGCUGUGAGGAGCUGGCAGAGCUGGGACUCGGGCUCAUGGCCACUUGCGACAGUCCCACAGAAGGUGUUGGGGACAAUGAUGAGGAACAACUGAUAGGUGUUUUGUCCUGAUCCUGGCAGGUGACGCGGUCACAUGAUCCAUUCACUCUAACCAAAGGAAGAAUGUGCAGAAUUUGCUGUGUUAGAAAUCUGCAGAUCUGACGUCAGGUGAAAGAAGAUGAGGCACGUUAUUCUUCUUAUCUCAUCUAUGAAAGAGUCAAUAUAAACGUAUGCUUCUCUUGACAGAGAUCGUAAGUUCACAGGUUUUAAAUGUCACCUGGUUGUGCUUGUGAUCUGCACUACUAAGGCAUGGCUUUGCUUAGUGAGAAGCUGGGGCUUGCAGCUAGCCUAGGUUUACGCUUAUGGUGUUUCUUACCCUGAAGCCGCUUGAGCUACACUAUAAUCUUGAACAUGAGACGAGACACACUUCACAGCCUGGACGAGCAGAGUAUGUCUGAAAGGUUGAGAUUGUAAGUGUAGAAAUAAUUUACACAAAGCCUGGAUUACUGUGUGUUUCACUGACAGUGUUUACAUGCACAAUAAAACUGGUUUUAUUUAGUAUUAUCAAAUGUACAGAGAGAAAAUAAGCUCCUGUCCUGCGUAAGGAUAUGAGUAUUCUGAUAUUAUAAGGACUGGCUUUAAGGCAAGGGGUUUUUUUCUGGUAAAAUUCCCUCAAUAUGUAUCUGUUGAAGGUAAAGCAGCAUCAAACAAACGGGAUUAUUUUUCCAUUUAAACAUAAUCAGUGGGUUCUGGUCUCAAACCAUGCUGGUUUACAAUCAUAGAAAUUUUGUCAACAAAGUCAGAGUUAGGGUUGAUUGAGUCAUGUACUGUAUUUUGAUCACAUUUGCAAAACUGAAACCUUCACUUUUUUCCAGAAGGUUCCAAAAUCUUCUAUCAGUCACAAAGGAUAGAUUUCAUCAGGGAGCACAUGUUUAGAGCUGCGUUCAGUCAAGGCAAGGAAAGUAAAUCCUCCAGUGGUAAAUAAACGGUGUAAUUCUACACUAGAGAGAUUUAAAAUUUCAUUUAGUUGGACGUUUGUUCUGUCUUGACGUGUUCAUAUUUGCAGUGCAUUUGAAAUUACCACGAAGACUAUCAAAGAAGCUCAAGCUGAUCUCAGCAAGUCUCAUGACAUUCAGUAUCACAAACACUCGCAGUGUAAAAAAAAAAUAAUAAAGUGACCGUAAAGAA